AUGGAGCGCCGACAGAGCUUACAGUCUCUAGAAGACCAGCUCAGGUGUCCGAUCUGCCUGGACGUCUUCACCGAGCCCUUGAUGUUGCAGUGUGGACACUCCUACUGCAGGUGCUGUGUGCGCUCCAUGACCAUGGACAUGCUGGGUCAGCUGCAGUGUCCCGUGUGUCGCUGUGCUGUGGAUGGGGACAGUCCCCCCCCUAAUGUCAGCCUGGCUCGUGUCAUCGAGGCUCUGCAGGACGUGAGUGUUUCGGGUCGGGCCCAGCCGGAGUCCUGCCCCCAGCACCACAACCCCCUCAGCCUGUACUGUGAGGACGAGCGUACAGUGAUCUGCGGGCUGUGCGGAAGCAUCGGAGCCCACCGCGGACAUAAGAUCACCCCCAUCAGCUCUGUGUACAGCCACAUGAAGGAGGAUAUUUCUUGUCUGAUGACCGAGUUCCAGACCCAGAAACGUAAACUGGAGGAGCAGAUCUGUAAGAUGGCCUACAACAAGUCCAGGAUCACGAAUGAGUCUGACGUGCUGAAGUGGGUGGUGCGGAAGGAGUUUGGUGAGCUGCGGCGUUGCCUGGAGCUGGAGGAGGCGGGGUUUAUGCAGCAGGUGGAGAGUUCAGCCGCUGCCCUCGUUUCAUCCCUGCAGAAUCAGACGGAUCAGCUGAACCAGCAGCUGAGCCGCCUGCAGGACGCCCACAGGACCCUGCAGGACCUGAGCAACGAGGGCCACCUCGACUUCAUCAUGAAGUACAGCUCCAUCGCUCCAAGGUUCAAAGAGAGUCAGGAGCUCCAGCAGAGGGAAGACAGGAUGUUCAUCUCCCUCAACUUCAGGCCAGGUUUCAACCACAGCGACAUCAAACUCACCGUGUGGAGGAGACUGCAGCGCCAAGUCCUGCCUGCUCCAGAGGUGCUGAAGCUGGACCCCCUGACGGCCCACCCCAUGCUGGAGCUCCAGCACGGGGACUCGGUUGUGGGAUGUGGAGUUUUGGUCCGGAGGCUCCCCAACAACCCGGAAAGGUUCAGCUACAGCUACUGCGUCCUGGCUAACCGAGGCUUCUCCUCUGGGAAGCACUACUGGGAGGUUGAGGUGGGCUCCAAACCAAAAUGGCGUCUGGGUCUGAUCAAAGGAACGACCAAUCGGAAGGUAAAGCUGGCCAAGAACCCGGAGAGCGGCGUGUGGCUGAUUGGGCUGAGAGAGGGGCGGGUCUACGAAGCCUUUGCCUCCCCUCGGGUGGUCCUACCACUCUCCGCCCCACCCUGCCGGGUGGGUAUGUUCCUGGACUAUGAGGGUGGGGCGCUUACCUUCUACAAUGCCGACAGUCCUGACGAGCUGGGGCUGAUCUAUACCUUCAGGCUGGAGCUGCAGGGGAAAGUCUUCCCCCUGCUGGAUGUCUGUUGGCAUGACAGAGGAGACAACAAGCAGCUCCUGGUCCUCCCCCAGCCGCCACCCCCUAAGGAGCUCCUGGUCCUCCCCCAGCCGCCACCCCCUAAGGAGCUCCUGGUCCUCCCCCAGCCGCCACCCCACUAAGAGCUGCUGGUCCUCCCUCAGCUGCCACCCCAUUAGGAUUAAGUGCCGUCCCAGAUUAAAUUCCAUCUCAGAUUAAACCCCAUCCCAGAUUAAACCCCAUCCCAGAUUAAGUGCCAUCCCUGAUUAAACCCCAUCCCAGAUUAAGUCUCGUCCCAGAUUAAAUUACAUCUCAGAUUAAGUCCUCUCCCAGAUUAAAUUCUGUCCCACCGCUGAAACUUUUAAAUCAAGUGUGGAGAACCCAUUUUUUCGUUCUUUCAAUUCAGUCUGAGGUCACCCAUUCAUUUUUUUUGUUUGUUUUUUUCUUCAAAUUCAUUCU